UUUGUCAUGGCCACUCCAAAUGGAACCCUGGUCCACCCAGCAUACUUCUUACUGGCAGGCAUUUCUGGCCUGGGGCCUAGUGUACACUUUUGGCUGGCUUUUCCACUGUGUUUUAUGUAUGCCUUGGCCAAUGUGGGCAGUGUGGCCAUUGUGCUCAUCAUCCAUGUGGAAAGGCGCCUGCAUGCACCCAUGUGCCUCUUCCUGGCCACGCUCUCCACCACUGACCUGGCCCUCUCCUCCAUCACCAUGCAGAUGGCCAGCCUCUUUCUGACAGGCAUCCUGGAGAUCGAGUUAAAUGUGUGUCUGGCCCGGAUGUUCCUUAUCCAUGCUCUGUCAGCCAUGGAGUCAGCUGUCUUGCUGGCUAUGGCUUUUGACCAUUUUGCCAUCUACCACCGGCUGCAGCAUGCUUCCAUGCUUACAGGGCCUACUGUCACCAACAUUGGAAUAGCUGCCUUGACCAGGGGAUUUGCAUUCUUCUUCCCACUGCCCUUCAUCCUGAAGUGUCUCUCAUACUGCCAAACACAUACCAUCACACACUCCUGUUUGCACCAAGAUAUCAUGAAGCUGUCGUGUACUGACACCAUGGUCAGUGUAGUGUACGGACUCCUCAUCAUCCUCUCAGCCAUGGGUGUGAACUCCCUCUUCACUGGCUUCUCCAGUACCCUCUUCCCAAGGGCUGUACUGAAUCUGUCCUUGGGGGAAGCACUCAUGGCUUUCCGCACCUGCGUCUCCCAUCUCUGUGCUGUCCUGGUCUUCCACGUGCUGCUCACUGGGCUCUCAGUGGUGUACAGGCCGGGUGGCCCUACCUCCCUGCACCAUGAGAUUGUGGCUGACAUCUGUCUUCUACUACCACCCGUGGUUAACCAUGGUUAUGCAGCCAAGACCAAGGAGAACCAUUCACGGUCCUCCAUAGAGUCUCCCAGGGUGGCAGGUGAGCAGGAUCACCUUCCUGUGUCCUCAGUCCCUGCCAAAGAUGGCAGGAUUAAGAUUCUGCUGAAUGUCUUGGUCACUGGAGUCUCUAACCCACUGGGCUGUCUGCUUCCAAUUAUCAAAAUAGAUCUUGGAUUUCUGUUUCCACGAAUGUGUCAGUACGUGAGAACUUAG